ACGCUUAACCUAAAAAGUCAAACAUUUGGUUCUGGCUCAAAAGUGUGCCACGUGUCUUCUUUAAAAAAUCUUUUAUUUUUGUGUAUUUAUUGGUAGAAAUAAAAUAAAAUAAAUACCUGAGUUCUCUUUCAUUUGAAAACUAUUCUAUGACCGCACCUAGAAAGCCACGAAACCAAAAAAUGGGAUAUUUCGAUACGGCGGCGAGUGGCGGCGGCAGCGACAUCGACGACGGACAAUCAAAUCAGCAAUGCCAACAGUGCGUGAUAGAGCUCCACGGCGGCACCGACAGCUUCCACGACGGAGCAUCGGUAGGAUUUUCACAACAUGCAAACUCCGAUGACCUCUCCUCCCACCUCUCCGCCGCCGAAAUGGAGUCUCUUGCUGCUCUGUGUGAUACAUUCUUGCCGUCCGUCGCCGCAACCGCCGCUGCCGAUAGAUCCGUCACCCUGUUCUUUGAAACUUCCGCCUCCGCCGCCGGAACUCCUGAAAGGGUAGGGGAGAUGAUAAAGGAGAGAGUAAGACAUCCAAAAAAAUGGUUAGUGAGAAUGACCUUAUGGAUGUUAUCGACAUGGUAUGGGACAUACAUUCUAUGUGGAAAUGAAAGCCUUUCAAACCAUUUCCCAUACUUUGAGAGAUUUUCAAAGGUUUCUCAAAAGAAAAGAGAACAAAUUGCAAUCUCAUGGUCUCUAAGCUAUUUUUUUCUACUUAGAAUGUUUUUCAGAACCAUUAAGAUCCUUUGCCUCCUUGCUUUCUUCACACAGGUUGAUGAGGAGAGGAACAAUAUCUCAUGGAAAGCAAUUGACUACCCAGGAAGUGACCCCCAAUUCAAAGCCAAAACCAAGCAUUCAGAAGCAUCAAACCUGAAAGAAAAAGGCAGUAAAUCAAGAGAAAUUGAUCAGGAAGAUGAUGAAGAAGAACUUUAUGGACCUCUUUUCAAAGGCAUUGUCAAUCUACAACACCAACAACAAGUGCAAGUAGCUGUAGGAGCACUUAGAAAGUUUGGAUUUCCAGUCACUCUUCUUUCCCUAAGCACCAAACCUCCCAACCCUUCAAUGAUCAUCAAGUGCGAUGCGGUGGUAGUCGGGUCCGGGUCGGGCGGCGGAGUGGUAGCAGGGGUGCUGGCUAAUGCAGGGUACAAAGUGCUUGUACUAGAGAAAGGAAGCUAUUGUGCCAGAACAAACCUGUCACUACUAGAAGGGCCAGCCAUGGAAGAAAUGUACCAAGCAAGUGGAUUAGUGGCAACUGAUAAUAUGAAUGUGCUUAUACUUGCAGGCUCUACUGUUGGUGGAGGAUCAACAGUAAAUUGGUCAGCUUCAAUUCAAACACCAAGUCAUGUAACAAGAGAAUGGUCAGAUGAGUAUGAAUUGGAGCUGUUCAGAAGCAAUUUAUACAAAGAAGCAAUGGAAGUUGUGUGCAAGAAAAUGGGAGUUCAGUCAGAAAUUGACAAUGAAGGCUUUAACAAUGCAGUUUUAAGAAAAGGGUGUGAGGAAUUGGGUUGUCAUGCUAUGAAUAUACCUAGAAAUUCAACUUCUGAUCAUUACUGUGGUUGGUGCUGUCUAGGCUGCAAGAAUGGGAGAAAGAAGGGGACUGCAGAGACAUGGCUUGUGGACUUGGUAAGGUCAGGAAAUGGCGCUAUACUUCCGGGCUGCGAAGCCAUUAAAAUCAGGCAGGAGAAGAGAGACGGGAGCAAAUGCAACAGGGCGAAAGGCAUCGUGUUUGAAUUCGGGUGUGGAUCAGCAGCCAAACAGAUGUGCUUGGUUGAGUCCAAGGUGACUAUAGUAGCAUGUGGGGCUCUCAAUACUCCUCCAUUGUUGAAAAGAAGUGGCUUGAGAAACCCAAAUAUUGGGAAAAACUUGCAUCUUCAUCCUGUUACAAUGGCAUGGGGUUAUUUUCCUGCAGAAACUGAUAAAUCAUGGCCAGAGAAAGACAAGAAAAGCUAUGAAGGAGGAAUAAUGACAGCCAUGUGUAACAUAGGGUCAGAACCUGAUCAAGAACCUGGAUAUGGAGGAGCUGUAAUCCAGACACCAGCAUUACACCCAGGACUCUUCUCAAUCCUAAUGCCAUGGGUUUCUGGGACAAAUAUCAAACAUAGAAUGUGCAAAUUUUCCAGGACAGCCCAUGUGUUUGCAUUGGCAAGAGAUAAAGGGUCAGGAACAGUCAAAUCUUCAAGCUCACUCAGCUACAAAAUGGAUGAUGUGGAUGAAGAGAAUCUGCAGAAAGGACUGGAGAAAGCUUUGAAGAUUUUGGCAGCAGCUGGAGCAGAGGAAAUAGGAACCCACCAUAAUAAAGGGAGAAGCAUAAAUGUGAAGAAAGUGAGUUAUAGAGAGUAUGAAAAGUUUGUGAAAGAGGAAAGUUCAAGACCAUUGAAGGAUUUGUUGACACCAAUCUGUUCAGCUCAUCAAAUGGGGAGUUGCAGAAUGGGAAUUGGAGCUAAGGAUUCUGUGGUGAAUCAGAGAGGGGAGACAUGGGAAGUGGAAGGGCUCUUCAUUGCUGAUUCUAGUGUUUUUCCAACUGCUUUGGGAGUUAAUCCAAUGGUUACAGUUCAGGCUAUUGCUUAUUGCACUGCACAAUCUAUUCUUGAAACUCUUAAGAGGAAGAGAAAUUGAUGUAAAUUAAGGAAGAUUCGAACCUGUAAACUCUCGACCUCUUGGUUGAGGUCAUAUGUCUUUUCUACCACGUUUCUCUGGUUGGAAAAAUAGCAUGGAGUUUGUAAUAAAGAAAAAGUUUUGGAGCUCAUUUCUUUGGGAAUUUGAUGGGGUUUAUACAGACAAAUAAUCUAAGAAAUCAAUAGGAUAUUUAAUUGUACAAAUCAUAUUUUCAAACAAAAUAAAAUAUACUUUAAAUUUAGAGAUAAUUAAUCUAACCACUCAUCAAAAAUUGAAAUGAAGGAAUAGAAUCAGAAAUCACUCUCCUAUAUGUUCAUUGUUGGUACUGAUAUUUAGUACAAGUCAUGGAAGAUUAGUGGGCCCCCAUACCAAUUUAGCAAAUCUCUUACAUUAAAUCUUUUUAGUCUAACUUUCUCAUGUUCUAAUCUUAGUUCAUUGGUUUGUAUGGGACAAAUACAAGCAAGCAUCCCCACUAGCAGAAAGAUUGAGAAAAGGAUGUAUGUAUACAUUGAAUACAUACAAAUCCAUAUGUGAAAGCAACAAGUAGAAGACAAAAUUGUAAAAAGUAUAAUUAUAAAGGGACAUCGGGCCCCCAACUUCAAUUGGAUAGAGUGGACUAUAAUAGUCCACUCAAUGU